GGGCCGGACCCGCGGGCGGGGGGCCGGACCCGCGGGCGGGGGGCCGGGUGCUGGGAGCCCGGCGGGCCGCGAACGCAGGCGCCGUGCUGGGGCCGCCGAGACUGGGGGCCCGGGAUGAGCUUCACGCGGAAAAAGGGCUUCUACAAGCAGGACGUCAACAAGACUGCCUGGGAGCUGCCCAAGACCUACGUGUCCCCGACGCACGUAGGCAGCGGGGCGUAUGGCGCCGUGUGCUCUGCCAUCGACAAGCGGUCAGGGGAGAAGGUGGCCAUCAAGAAGCUGAGCCGGCCCUUCCAGUCCGAGAUCUUUGCCAAGCGGGCCUACCGAGAGCUGCGGCUGCUGAAGCACAUGCAGCAUGAGAACGUCAUCGGGCUCCUGGAUGUCUUCACCUCAGCCUCCUCCCUGCGCAGUUUCCAUGACUUCUACCUGGUGAUGCCCUUCAUGCAGACGGACCUGCAGAAGAUCAUGGGGAUGGAGUUCAGUGAGGACAAGAUCCAGUACCUGGUGUAUCAAAUGCUCAAGGGUCUCAAGUAUAUCCACUCAGCUGGGGUCGUGCACAGGGACCUGAAGCCGGGCAACCUGGCCGUGAAUGAGGAUUGCGAGCUGAAGAUCUUGGAUUUUGGGCUGGCCCGGCAUGCGGACGCCGAGAUGACGGGCUACGUGGUGACCCGCUGGUACCGGGCCCCUGAGGUGAUCCUCAGCUGGAUGCACUACAAUCAGACUGUGGACAUCUGGUCUGUGGGCUGUAUCAUGGCAGAGAUGCUGACGGGGAAAACUCUGUUCAAGGGGAAAGAUUACCUGGACCAGCUGUCCCAGAUCCUAAAAGUGACCGGAGUGCCAGGGGCAGAGUUUGUGCAGAAGCUGAACGACAAAGCAGCCAAAUCCUACAUCCAGGCCCUGCCACAGAGUCCCAAGAAGGAUUUCUCUCAGCUCUUCCCACGUGCCAGUCCCCAGGCCAUAGACCUGCUGGAGAAGAUUCUGGAGCUGGAUGUGGACAAGCGCCUGACGGCUUCGCAGGCCCUUGCCCACCCCUUCUUUGAGCCCUUCCGAGACCCCGAGGAGGAGACAGAGGCCCCGCAGCCAUUUGAUGAUUCCUUAGAACAUGAGAAACUCACGGUGGAUGAAUGGAAGCAGCACAUCUACAAAGAGAUCGUGAACUUCAGUCCCAUUGCCCGGAGGGACUCACGGCGCCGCAGCGGCAUGAAGCUGCAGUGAGCUGUCUAGCUGGACCCCUGGCUGAGCCCAGGGACCACCCUUGGCACCACCUGCCGGGGAUCUUGCCACUAGGACUGAUGCCUGCUGGUCCCUAGGACAGGUCCGGCCCUUCUGGGAUUAUCCUCUUCUGGGGUGGAGGAGAGAGGGACCUGGUCCUGCUGUAAGAAACAGACCUUGUAGCUGCAGAAUUCAGAGAUGUUGGUUGGGAGAAAAUAGCUCUGAUCACAACCAGCCACAUUAAAUCGUCCAUCUGGAGA